UUUUGUGGGGCCUAAGAACAUUGGAGGCUUGGCAAGAGGGCCCAGAAAUUAAAUCAUCUCAGAAACAGAGUGUUUGUGGUCGGCAUCAGUCACAUGGGCAGAGGCCAACAGCCAUGGCAGAGCCCAGAGCAGACAGUCAACACAAGGCCAUCUUUUUAGCUACUUUGACCAGUUUCUGGAAAAACGAAAACAGCUACCCAAAACCAGAACCGUGUUGCAUCCCUGAGAGCCCGAGUGGAAAUAGAAUGCUGAGUGAGAAUUGUCACUGAGGUUGCAGUUGGCGUGAAGAGAGGAUCUGACGAACUGCUCUCUGGCAGUGUUCUCAGUAGUCCAAACUCGAAUAUGAGCAGCAUGGUGGUUACAGCCAAUGGUAAUGAUAGUAAAAAAUUUAAAGGAGAAGAUAAAAUGGAUGGUGCUCCUUCUCGUGUACUUCAUAUUCGAAAAUUACCUGGUGAAGUGACAGAAACUGAAGUUAUUGCUUUAGGCUUACCUUUUGGUAAGGUGACCAACAUCCUUAUGCUGAAAGGAAAAAAUCAGGCAUUUUUGGAACUAGCAACAGAGGAAGCAGCUAUUACUAUGGUUAAUUACUAUUCUGCUGUGACACCUCAUCUUCGUAACCAACCAAUUUAUAUCCAGUACUCCAAUCACAAAGAACUGAAAACAGAUAAUACGUUAAACCAACGUGCUCAAGCAGUUCUUCAAGCUGUGACAGCUGUGCAGACAGCAAACACUCCUCUCAGUGGCACCACAGUGAGUGAGAGCGCAGUGACUCCAGCCCAGAGUCCAGUGCUUAGAAUAAUUAUUGACAACAUGUACUACCCUGUAACACUUGAUGUCCUUCACCAAAUAUUUUCUAAGUUUGGUGCUGUGUUGAAGAUAAUCACAUUUACAAAAAAUAACCAGUUUCAAGCUCUCCUUCAGUAUGGUGAUCCAGUAAAUGCUCAACAGGCAAAACUAGCCCUAGAUGGUCAGAAUAUUUAUAAUGCUUGCUGUACCCUAAGGAUUGAUUUUUCUAAACUUGUGAAUUUGAAUGUAAAAUACAACAAUGAUAAAAGUAGGGAUUAUACCCGACCUGAUCUCCCAUCUGGAGAUGGACAACCUGCAUUGGAUCCUGCUAUUGCUGCAGCAUUUGCCAAGGAGACAUCCCUCUUAGGGCUUCCUGUUGCAGCUGUUCCAGGAGCUCUGAGUCCUUUGGCUAUUCCAAAUGCUGCUGCAGCAGCUGCUGCAGCCGCUGCUGGCCGAGUGGGUAUGCCUGGAGUCUCAGCUGGUGGCAAUACAGUCCUGUUGGUUAGCAAUUUAAAUGAAGAGAUGGUUACGCCCCAAAGUCUGUUUACCCUCUUCGGUGUUUAUGGAGAUGUGCAGCGUGUGAAGAUUUUGUACAAUAAGAAAGACAGUGCUCUAAUACAGAUGGCUGACGGAAACCAAUCACAACUUGCCAUGAACCAUCUUAAUGGACAGAAGAUGUAUGGAAAAAUUAUACGUGUUACUUUAUCUAAACAUCAGACUGUACAGCUACCUCGGGAGGGACUUGAUGAUCAAGGGCUAACAAAAGAUUUCGGUAAUUCCCCAUUGCAUCGUUUUAAGAAACCUGGAUCCAAAAAUUUUCAGAACAUUUUUCCUCCUUCUGCAACCCUUCACCUAUCCAAUAUCCCUCCUUCAGUAGCAGAAGAGGAUCUACGAACACUGUUUGCUAACACUGGGGGCACUGUGAAAGCAUUUAAGUUUUUUCAAAGAGAUCACAAAAUGGCUCUUCUUCAGAUGGCAACUGUGGAAGAAGCUAUCCAGGCCUUGAUUGAUCUUCAUAAUUAUAACCUUGGUGAAAACCAUCAUCUGAGAGUGUCUUUCUCCAAGUCAACAAUUUAAAAAGGGGGAGAUGAAGAUUGGGGGUGAAUCACAUUGUUUGGUGUCAUCACCUAUUGACUGUUCAGAAAAGUGGGGACCAGAGUUUGAUUAUUUUGUUGUUUCCUUUUUUUUUUUUCAUGCUGUUAUCAUUCCUUGGUUAUAAAAUGAAAUGGCAUAUGUAAAGGCAGAGUUAUUAACUGCUAUAUUUCAUCUGUUCUAUAGGGAAGCCAUUUUUAUUGUCUGUUUAAAAUUUAAGUUUAAUUUUACUUUCCUUUUUCAACUUAGUUGACAUACGUGCCUUAAAAAGGAAAACUAGUGUUGCUAUUGUGCAUUUACUAGAAAAAAGGAAUUGGUUUUCUAGGGCACAUUGUUAUAUGGGAAUUAUAAUAUGUUUAGGCAGGGGUGUGUAAAAAGGUUAAGUUUUUGUUUCUCCUGCUUGGAACUUAUUUUGAAUUAUUGGCUUGUCACAUUUCUUUCUAUUUAGUCAAAGAUACAUGAUAUUGAAAGAAUAAAGCAGCAUUUUUUAGUUUUACUACCUUAGGCUUUAUUGCUUUAAAAAAACAUUGGCCUUUUGUAUCUCACAAUCUGGUCUAGAUUCAGUUAUGAAUGUAGGCAUUAGUUAAAAUUAACAAGAUGCAGAGUAUUAAUUUCUUAAGACAACAAAGUGAUUUCUGUAAGUUUGAGCCCUAUGUGGAAAGCAUUGUGGAAUCUUAACCUUUUUGUACACACUCUUGUGGGACGUAUCAUAUAAAUGUCAGCACUAAGUAAUGUCUUGUUUGUGGCUGAAUAUUUUUCGUAGAUGUUUUUGAAGUUGACAUGACUUACGUGCAUUUAAAUAUAUAUUGCCAUCCUUAGUUUGUAAUUAAGAUUUGGAAUAUGGUUGUGGAUUUCUGAGCAUGUGCAGACUGGUCUAGCUAGUUCAGGAACUGGUGCAUGUAUUUUUCAAAGAUAAAGAAAGUGUACUGCGAAAAUUUGCAGGAAGAUUAAUUUUGUGGCAGUUUUCUAAAACUGACAACCAGGUGGGACCAAAGUUUAUGUGCCUUUAGUCUUAAUUUACCUUGCAUUGUAAUAUUCAGUUUUAAUAAAUCUUCAAAAUAUUUUGUAUUUAGGAAUAGAUCUGACUUUAAUAAAAACAUGGCUCAGAAUCUACAGGUCAAAUUAAUUUGAACAGUUCUUGUCAAUCUGAAUUGUUGAUUCUGUUUAAAUGACCAAUACUUUUUGAAAUUGAUGUACUUAGUUUCAAGAUUCAUAGAUUCUGUUAUCUAUGUAGACAGAAUGGUCAUGUAUAUUUUCUAUUAGUUGAGUUUUUACAUCUUUAGAAAUGUAAAAUUCAGUAUAGUUUGAAAGCGGCACAAUUAAAAAUUAAUUUUCUAACAAA